AGCACCUGUUGUCGAUCGAGAGCAUCAUCGAAGCAAAUAGAGCUUCAAUCAUCCAUCCAAAAUGCCCGUUGUUGCAGCUCCUCCCGCAGGGGGCCCUGUCGGUCCCUCGACCUUCGACAAGAUGAAAAUGGGUGCUAUGAUGGGAUCCACUGUCGGUGGAAUCAUGGGCUUCAUUAUCGGCACGGUGACUAUCUUCCAGUACGGCGCAGGCCCCAACGGUGUUAUGCGUACUCUGGGCAAGUACAUGCUUGGCUCUGGUGCCACUUUCGGACUCUUCAUGUCCAUCGGCAGCGUUAUCCGUACUGAGGGACCCCACAAUGAUGCCUGGCUCCGCGCUCGAGGCCCGCCUAUCAUGCUCCCUCGCCAGACCCCUUUGCGCCAGAUGCGCCAAUAAACUCGUCACUCUCCGGUAUCUCUUUAUCUCUGAAGGGUCGUUCGAGAAGAUAUGCGACAUGGCCAAAUCGAAGGGGACGGUCCUUGUACGAUAAUCAAUUCUCUUUUGAGCGUUCUUGACAGACCUGAGGCUGAGGAAUCGUAUGGUUGAAAGGCUACAAGGAGGCGGUUCUGCAGUUGGGAUGGAAGGUCCAACACUUCUCAGUCCUACAAUGUGCUGUCGACGAUACACUUGCAUCUGUCCAUCAGCGAUAUCAUGAUCCUCAGGCUGCCUUUGUUUUGCUCAUCAGUAGAAGUGAAGUGGCCCAUUAGCCAGGACGCACAGAAGAUGUGCUAGACUUUGGCCUGGGCGUGUAUAACUACCAACUGAAUAUCAUUGUUAAUUAUCGCUAAUAAAGCCAUAUCCCUUGUA